AAUUAACUACUUAAAAAAAUAAAGAAUUUAACAAAUAUAAAGUAGAAUCAUAUUUUAUAAAUUCAACACAUCAAUAUUGAUAAAUAUAUUUUAGAAUCACCAAAGCAACUAUGUAAAAUAAAACCAAAUCAAAACCAUUCAUCUUUAACCUCAUAAAUUAAAAUUCGAAUAAAUAAAAUGAAUGGUGUUAAGCUAUUGCAUUUUAAUAAAGAUUAAUUACUCGAAGUAGCUGCAUAUGAUACGGAUAUUAAAUUAUUUUAGCAUUUUUAAGGGAAAUUGAGUUAGAUAUAAUUAUUAAAUGGUCAUACAAAUUGUAUAUUCAAUUAAAUUUCAUAAAAAAUACAGAUAAUUUUGUAUCGGAAUUAAGAUAUUUCAAUUCUAAUUGGUAAAUGA